GAUUCCAAAUGAUUGCAAAGAAGGAGAUGCAGAGAGAAUUGUUGAGUAUAUAAAUGGUUGUUUGACUUACUUGAUGACCAAUUAACUCUUCCAUUCGCUUGUUAACUCAUUUAUUGUCUACGUGGAAAAAUUUUUGUGGCGUCAAAAUGAAAGUAAUCAUUUGUGCAUUGAUUUGUACCGUGGGCUUUAUCAUGGUUCAGUCUCUUGAUGAAAAUCUGUUUGACGACUCAAUGAAAACAUCAACUAAUCCACCAAAACCAUCACCAACGCCAAAGCCACCAGUUAAUUGUCAUGUUAAACCUGAUGAUAAAGAUGAAGCAAUCAUUUUACCAAAUCCAAAAGACUGUGGUAGUUAUUAUGUUUGUGUUGGAUUACAACCAAUCUGGAUGCCCUGCCCUGAUGGACUACACUUCAAUCCAGAUUUAAAAGUUUGUGAUUGGCCAGCAUUUGCUAACUGCACUGUUCAAUCAUUUUGAUGUACGUAAAUAAUAGUAAUAACUUGUAUUCUACAAAUAUCAUGUCAAUAUGUCGUAUCUAAUGAUGUUGACUUAUGAUUAAUUAGAACUAGAUUAUACAUUAUGGUAAUAAGUUGACCAUCACUGUAAAUUUGAGAAAAAUAAAUAUACUAACUCAUUGACUUGUAA